AUGGAAACGGCAGAAGCACAACAGGAAACUCAGACUAAGAUCGUCGAGGUCACGAGACAAGCCGAAGAGUAUGCAACAGAACCCUCAGGGCACAACUGGGACCAAAAAUGCAACGAGCUACAGGUGACCCUAGGCUGGAAAAAGACAUGGGCCCUGCUAAGGGCUCUUAUAGACCCAACCAUGACCAAGUCCGAAAAUCGCAACAUCCUCGAGGCUGAGGAAGCGGGAAUCGCACUCGCCAUCACCCACCAGGGCGAAGAGGCAGAAAUACUUACGGACUCGCAAGAAGAGUGCAGAAGCGUUGUUGCACCAGAUUUGCGUGGCUAUGGCAAUACUACAAGACCUGAGGACACCGCCCAAUACCUGAUGCUGAAUCUCAUCGAAGAUGUAAAAGGAUUGCUUGAACACCUAAACAACAACCACAGCAGGAAGGUGUUUCUGGUUGGUCACGACUGGGGAGGCAUGAUCAGCUUCUGCUUUGCGACGUUAUACGAAACUUUCAUAGACGGGAUGGUGAUCAUCAACGGCAUGCACCCAAUGGCAUUUGCAAAACAACUCUUUCGAAGCGUGAGGCAAAUGAGAAUGUCCUGGUACCAACUUCCAUUUCGACACCCCGUUGUUCCCGAGCAGUAUUUGAUAAUGUGGGAUUUCCACUUCUUUGAUAAAGUGCACAGAGGUUUCACUGAAAACGAGACAGAAGCUCACAAGUACAUGUUUUCGAGGGAUGGUGCGCUGACCGGUGCCAUAAGCUACUACCGAGCCUUCAACAACGACAGUAAUCAACUACGGAAACUGCCGUACCAAACGAUUAACGUUUCCACUCUGAUUCUUUGGGCAGAGAAAGAUGCAUUCAUUAUGUCUCCAAUUGCCAAGUAUAACCAGGAGUGGUUGAAAACGUCAAAAGUCGUGUACUACAGAGGCGCGGGCCACUGGCUACCCAGAGAAUGUUCCACGCAGGUAACUGAGCAAAUUCGUAAAUUUGCAAGUAAUACCACGACAGGCACCACAGUGACAGAAGAAGCGACACCAGAGCACAAGCAGGGAACAUGUCAAGAAGCCAGCUUUCCAUCUCGCCGUGGAUGGUUGUCGAAAUUGUUUCCGUGGCUUCCCCGUAAUGCCAGACUUCCCAAACAAAUGAGAGAAUAAAAAAGGACCACUUUAUGAUGUACACC